AUGCCGACACUGAAAGAUCUUGUUUGCCAUGUACAAUGGGCAGAUACAGGAUCCCCGUUCCCUGAAUAUGAGACACAGUACGGAGAUGGGAUCGUUGAGACUUACAUUGCCAUCCCUAGCCAUCCUCAAGUCUUCACCAUCCGACUCACCUCUCGAAAAUUCAUUUCCCCAGGGUUAUCGAUGGUAGUCUUUAUUGACGGCAACUACCAGUGCAAUCGUAACAGAGUCAACCUACAGCCUUCAGAGAAAGAAGCCCCUGACAUGAGAACAACCAUCGAUUUUCUCGUGAGACAGAAAGAGAAACCCUUGGGUGAUGGGAUGUACUUGGGUCGUGAGUGGCGCUUUGACGAUUGCAACCUUGUCUCUCAACUGCCCGAUGGUGUCGACAAGAACCACUUUGACGAGCUGGGAACAAUCGAGGUCUUAGUUCUGCGAUGCCGCAGCAACCACGGUGGAUAUAGCGAAUGCUCAACUGCUUCUUCAGCCGAGCACAGCGGGAUCCUGGACGACACGGCAGAUGCUAGAGAAGAAGUAAAGCCAGGUGACUCCGCAAGUCAAGCAAAUACCGGGAAACUCUCCGCGCAGCCAGAACCACCCCAGACUGAGGUACAGGACGCUUUCGGUGGCUUGUUUGGCCUAUUCGAUGGACCUGCCGAUGGCUGGCCUUCCUUUGUUGCGAACCCAGGGGAUGCCCCGGGCGAUGGUUACGAUCGAUGGCAUUGGCAAGCACCCGGCGGUCACCCUGGUUCUUAUGGCCCGCAAGAAAGAUCCCAGCCUUCAUUUGGUUAUCGUCCAGCUUCAGAACAUUAUGCAGAACCGCGACGGAUCAGGUACGACUAUCACGACUAUCACGACUCUCCGCCCUCUUCGGCAUAUGCACAUCCACCGAAUCCUCCUCCACCAUCCGCUAGACCUGACAGACAUGUUCAUUUUGAUUACGGUGACGGAAGAGGGUCUCAGCCGAACAGCUACCAUUCAAGAUACGACCACCAACCCCAUCAUACUUGGGAGCGAGAUCACCAACACGCUUACUCUUCACCCCGCCCAAGUUACCACCGCACUGAAUAUCACAGAUAUCGCAAUCCUUAUCCGGAGUAUCUUGCCGCCCCCGAAGGCGGGCAUUACAUGUACAACGCAGAUCGAAAAGCCUACAGCCAAUAUCCUGAUCAGAACCACGGCAGCUCCCAUCCACGUACCCCUCUGGCCGGUCAGGCUACUCCCCAUGCAUACUAUCAACCGCCCAUUCAAGGGGCUAACCAUAACCCUUCGACAUUUGCUGCGUCUCAAGCGAAUUUGGCCAACCCUGCUCCACCAGCGACACCCUUCCCUCCUCUGCCCCCUAAAAUCCCGGUCCAGCCUACGAAUCUGCCUCCCAUUCAUCCACAGCCUGUUCCAUAUCCUAUUCCAAUUUGGUUCCCUCCGCCAACAGGGCCAGUUCCACCUUUUCCCACCGCGGUGCCGAUCUAUCCCCCACCGAAUAAUGCACCCCUGUUCCAUACCCAAAGAAUUGAUACCACAUCGGCCCCAGUUGGACCUAAUGGGAGCAGUUCUCAGCGACAAGGAGGCGACGACGCCAAAAAAGGAGAGAACAAUAACUCCAACACUACUCAGUCUAGCUCCGCCCAGGAUGCUCUCCAAAACACGAACAACGGUAGCAAUGGCGGCUGGGGAAAUUCUAGUGGAGAUAACACCAGCGGCACCGAUAAUUCGUGGGCAAAUGGAGGCGUAAAUGACAGUGGAAAUAACAGCAACGCCCAGAACCUGAACCGCUUGGGAGACAACGACAAUAACACCACCAGAGGCGGUUCCAAUGACGACCGAAACAGCAACAAUUCGGGUCAAAAUUGGGGCGACAAUGACAACAAUGCUGGGACUGGUCAGACUUGGGAUAAUAAUAAUGCCAACCCCGGAGGUGGCAGCUGGCAAAGUGAGCCAACUCAGAACAACAACGGAUAUUCCCAAAGCAAUAACGGAAGCAAUAACGGUGGCGGUUGGCAAAACGAGCCUAUCCAGAACAACAGCGGAUAUCCACAAAGCAAUAACGGUGGUGGCUGGGCAAAUGAGACUCAAAAUCCUGGGUUUGGCGGGAACGGCCCAGCAAGCGUCGGGAACAACAAUCAAAUUAAUAGCUCGACGUCGAACAACGGGCCUGUAUCAAGUGGGAACCCAUCGAAUAGUCGACCUCUGUACGGACCCUUUGGGGCGUACUACACCUCAAAAGCUGAUGCGGAAAAUGCUCCCCCUGCAGAAGCCGAGGAGGAGCCACGGUAUGACGUCCCUCACGCUAUUGCUCAGUCCAAGGGAGUUACGAAACAGGUGCAGCCCGGUAAAGGCUACCUGUACACCAAGAAGAGAUGCAAUCCUCACUACUUUGACACUCUGGAGGAGCCGUACGCUAGAUUUGUCUUCAAGUACCGAACAAAGGAACAGCUCAGGGAUGAGCUCGGGGUCGAGAUCACGGCCGAGCCGAGCCCGAACGAGGACGUCAAUGCUCUCGAAAACAUGGACAAGGCAGAGCUGAUCCAGAUGGUGCUGAGAGCAAAAGGAGCUCUGGGUGGCACGAUACCCAGCCCGCCACCGAAAGUCACACCGCCUUUAGUGAAGAGCUUUGAGCAGGUUCCCGUCGUCGCUCCUGAUGUGGCCUUUCUUAAAUACAACUUGCCACCCCCACGCCACGCCUCAAGCACCAACCCGGGGCUUGGGAUCCGACUAUCCAAUGCGUCAAGCAAUCAGAGCAAUAUGGCAUAUGCCAACCAAGGCCCGAACAACAACUGGAACAACAAUUGUCAAACAGGCAACAGCCAGCAGAAUGGCAAUGGAAGCAACAACGGUGGUUCGCAAAACUGGCAAACAAACAAUCAGCAGCAGGGCAACAAUAACAACGGCGGGGACAGCCAAAGUUGGGCGAAUGCUGGCAAUAACAAUAACAACAACAAUGGCGGUUGGAAUGACGUCUCGGCAACCAACAAGAACGGCUGGGAUGGGCAGCAAGAGAAGCACCAGCCCCGGCUCAGCGUGUCAUCUGCCUCACAGCGCUUCAAGGACUUCCGCUUCGGCGCGCAGCAAGCACGCUCUCACCGCACCAGCUCAAUGAUCAGUCCGAAGGGUCAGGCACAAGGUCAAGGUCAGGGCGGCCCCGGCCCCGCAGGCGCACCACCGCCGGGAGCUGGUGAGAUGCUUGACUACGUCCUCAACAACCCCGAGGCCGCCGCGCAGAUGGGCAUGGCUGGACCUCCGCCGCCCAUCAUCGCCUUCACCGGGUCUGGGACUGUCGGAGGCGGCCAGACGAAUAUUGACAUGGGCGGCGCUGGUCCACGCCCGCCAACGCCCACGGGUCCACCCCCACCGUUGAGUCCCCCAAGUGUUCAGGGGCAAGGAGGAUUCGGGCCCGAGAAUUGGGAAGGUGAUAAUCCAGUUCAGCCGAGGGGUGGGUGGUAA